AUGACUUCCUCUCUUCAGGACAAGCUGGAUCUCUACAACAAGGCUAGGAAUGGAGUUGUAGCUCUGAAAAAAAUGAAAUCAGACCAUCGAGAAGUGGAAAAUGAGAAUGACUUUAGCUCUGGGGAAGAGCAGAGGAGAAAUCAUGCACCAGCCGUCAUCCCCAAGGCUCUGGAGGUCGGUAACCUCACCUCAACGACACAUUUCAUUCUGCUGGGAUUUCCAACAAGACCAGCCUUCCAGUUCCUCCUCUUCUCUGUGUUCCUGGCAACCUACCUGCUGACCCUGCUGGAGAACCUUCUCAUCAUCCUGGCCAUCCGCAGCGACGGGCAGCUGCACAAGCCCAUGUACUUCUUCCUGAGCCAUCUCUCCUUCCUGGAGAUGUGGUAUGUCACCGUCAUCAGUCCCAAGAUGCUGGCAGACUUCCUCCGCCAGGACAAGAGCAUCUCCUUCUGCGGCUGCAUGACUCAGCUGUACUUCUUCGUGACCUUCGUCUGCACCGAGUACAUCCUCCUUGCGGUCAUGGCUUUCGACCGCUACGUGGCCAUCUGCAAUCCCCUCCGCUACCCGGUCAUCAUGACCAACCAGCUCUGCGGGGCGCUGGCGGGGGGAUGCUGGCUCUGCGGGCUGCUGACGGCCAUGGUUAAGAUGGUUUUCAUCGCCCGACUCCUCUACUGCGGCACCCCUCGCAUCAACCACUACUUCUGUGAUAUCUCUCCACUCCUCAAUGUCUCCUGCCAGGACUCUUCCCAGGCGGAGCUGGUGGACUUCUUCCUGGCCCUCUGUGUGGUGGUGACAUCUUACAUCACCAUUCUCGCCACCAUCCUCAAGAUCCCUUCUGCCCAGGGCCGCCAAAAGGCCUUCUCCACCUGCGCCUCUCACCUGGCCGUGGUGGCCCUCUUCUAUUCCACGACUCUCUUCACCUACGCCCGCCCCAAGCUCAUGUACGCCUACAGCUCUAACAAAGUGGUGUCUCUUCUCUACACGGUCCUCGUUCCGCUGUUAAACCCCAUCAUUUACUGUCUGAGGAACCGGGAAGUAAAGGCGGCCCUCCAAAAGACAGUGCUUUGCGGAGGAAGAGGGGCCAGGGAAGAGGGCAUGUGA